AUGCAGACACUCCUCCAGUACAGGCAAGAAAGGAAAUAUGCAGGCCUAAUCCAUGGACGAAGCAACUCGUCAAAACAAAACAUCGAUGGACCGCUUGUAUCUUCUCUUAGCGCCGAAAAGUACGACAGUAACUCGGAACUGGACUUAACUGGACGUGAACAUUCCUCAGCACAACUCGUCGAUGUUGAACAGCAACGACCACCGCCGCCGCCACUCCGUGAUUCACGUGGCGCCAUCAUAAUGCCAACCCAUGACAAGCAUGAAGAUAAGAUCACUGUGCAAUGCGACGACGAUGGCAAGGACCAAGCUGACGCACACAACUGGUCUCGGACGAAACGAUCAUGGACGACUCUGCUCUUGUUCCUGCUGGUCUUCUCACAAGGAUGGGUCUCUGCCUGCGACUCGAAUGUAACAAAGCCAUCUAGCAAGGAGUUCCAUGUCAGCCAGACAGCCGAAACUUUGGCGACUGCUUUGUUUCUACUCGGGAUUUCGGUUGGGAGCCUCAUCGUUGGUCCUUUAUCUGAAGAGCUCGGUCGCAACCCCGUCUAUCUUGUUCCAUCCUUCUUGUACCUGUGCUUCACACUUGGAGAUGCUCUGGCGCCGAACUUUGGGGCUCAGAUUACCUUGCGCUUCCUUGCUGGAAUUUGCUCGAGUGCAGCACUGUCCAUCUAUGGCGGAAGCCUGGCUGACCUCUACAACCCCGAAGAAAGAAAUAAGAUUUGGCCGGUGUUUGCUCUCAGUCCUUUGCUAUCGCCCAUUCUCUCCCCUGUUGCCGGUGGCUGGAUUACUGGACAUAUCUCCUGGCGUUGGGUGUAUUGGAUAGGCCUUAUCCUGAGUGCUGUGAUCUUCCUGCUGGCCUUGUGCUUCCUACCCGAGACGUCUUCUCCCAUGAUCAUUCAAUGGAGGACGCAUCAUCUUAGAGUCAUUACAAGUUCUGACAAGUACACCUGUGAUCUGGAAGGAAAAGACUCGCUUGGCAAAAGGCUUGCUCAAAACGUGACGCGGCCUGCAAAGUUCUUUACCACCGAGCCGAUAAUCAUCGCUCUGGGCUUCUAUCUGAUUGUCAUCUACGUCGUCAUCUUCACCUUCCUCAAUGGUUUCGAGUUUAUCUUUACAGAUACAUGGGGUCUUUCUGACGGAGACACUGCUCUUGCUUUCCUGGGCAUAUGUCUUGGGGCUCUGAUUUCAGUUGCCCUCAUGCCACUGAUCACCAUCCUCCAUCGCAANGUUCAGCAGAGGGAAGAUGAGACACCAGAGACGCUUCUGUGGCCAGCUAUGGUGGCUUCGCCNUUNUUCGCCAUCUCCAUCUUCUGGCUCGCCUGGACAAGCUACAAGAGUGUGAGCUAUUGGUCCUCUUACGCUUCGACAGUUCUCUUUGGGUACUCCAUGACGGCCAUCUUCGUCAGCAGCUACAGCUACAUCAUCAAUAUUUAUGGAACCUGGAGCUCAAGUGCUCUGGGCAGUGUCACCAUGGCCAGAUAUUUUGUCGCUGCUGGAAUGGUCGUCGCGGCAAGACCGAUGUACCAGGGCAUUGGACACCACUGGACUUUGACGUUUCUGGGCUGCUUGGGGAUCGUGUGUCUGCCAGUGCCUUGGCUGAUCUAUCGUUUUGGAAAGAAAUUGAGAAACAAUUCGGAGUUUAUCAACGAUUGA